AAAUCAUUGAUGGGAGAGCUGAUCUUGCAAUAACGGAUCUAACGAUAACGUCAGAAAGAGAGAGCGCUGUAGAUUUUUCGGAGCCAUUCAUGAACUUGGGUAUAAGCAUUCUUUACAAAAAGCCGGAACCAGUUCCACCUAGUCUUUUUAUGUUUAUAUCCCCAUUUUCCUUCAAAGUAUGGACAAUGUUGGGAAUAUCUUAUCUGUUUGUUUCCAUAUCUAUAUUUAUAAUGGGAAGAUUGUCACCGACGGAAUGGCAGAACCCUUAUCCUUGUGUAGAAGAACCAGAAUUUCUAAUGAAUCAAUUUUCCAUAAGGAAUUCGCUGUGGUUUACGAUUGGAGCAUUGAUGCAGCAAGGAUCGGAGUUGGCUCCAAUAUCAGUUUCUACUCGAGCAGCUUCUGGAUUUUGGUGGUUCUUUGUUUUGACUAUGGUUGCUUCAUACACCGCCAACUUAGCUGCUUUUUUGACUGUUACCACCUUGGUAACUCCAUUUAAUGAUAUAGAUGAAUUAGCACAACAAACAGAAAUUCAGUUUGGAGCCAAAAAAGGUGGAGCCACUGCAAACUACUUUAGAGAUUCAAAUUUAACAAAAUAUAAAAAGAUUUGGAGUUAUAUGGCACACAACUCAGAGCUGAUGAUGGUAGACAACGACGAUGGGGUCAAAAAAGUUGAAUCAGAAAACUAUGCUUUUUUGAUGGAGUCCACAACAAUAGAGUAUGUUAUAGAACGACACUGUACAUUAGCCAGAGUUGGACCUGCUCUAGACGAUAAAGGAUAUGGAAUAGCUAUGAGAAGACAGUCUCUUUAUAGAAAUGAUAUCAGCACAGCCAUCCUUCAGCUACAGGAAAGAGGCGUUUUAACAAGUUUAAAAAUCAAAUGGUGGAAAGAAAAGAGAGGUGGAGGUAAAUGUACGUCUAAAAAUGAAAAUAGUGAGGCCACUCCAUUGGAUCUUCAGAAUGUUGGAGGUGUCUUUUUGGUUUUAUUUGUUGGAUCCAUCAUGGCCAGUAUAGGAUCAUUGAUCGAGCUUACCUGGUCUAUUUACAGAAAAUCUAAACGGGAUCACAUAUCUUUCAAAGAAGAAUUUAAAAAAGAAAUGAGACACCUAACGGCAGUAAGAGUCAAGAAUCCGCGAGGAAAGUGGAUCGAGAGAGAUUAUUAUGGACUUCCUUCUUCCGUAAGACGAUCAGCACUGACACCUACUAAUGAAGUGAGCCAAUGCAGGAAAUCAUAUGAAGGCUUACUAGGCCCACAGCUCUUGCAUUUGAUAAUAAAGAGAACGACAUACAGUCUAGACAGGGAUGUGUGGAUAAAUAAUGAGUGCCAAAACCAGGGGUUCUGGUAUCAAGGCGGAUCCAAAAUUGGAGAGGUUGUAAGGGCAGAAAUAUACUCCAAAAAUCCAAGAAUUAGUAAAAGCUUGUUUUAG